AUGCCUGAAGAUUUAGACAACUCGCUGCUGGAACGGCUACAAGCGUUGCGGGGUUCAAGCUCCGGCGCAUCGCCCGGUCAAGCAGCUCCCAUAAAGUUCGACGUAGACCUGAUUGAGAGAUCAAAACCAGCCACCCGAGAAGACACCCUCGCUGCUCGGCUAAAGUCGUUGCGAGAGCGGGAUGAUGGCUCAGCCUCACCGAAGACGGAGAAGGUUGUCCCUGCAGCCUCCUCAGCAACAUCGGGGUCACAUCCGGCUAAAGCGAAAGAUGUUGUGUCUACGUCGAAAUCAGCAGGGUCGGGGGAUGGCGAUGAUGUGGACCUGAUGUUCUCGACAGAUGAUCAGACUCUGGAAGAGCUGCUCAAUGAUGUCAGCCUCAAUGACAACCCUGUGGAAGAGCCUAGCGAUGAGCAGGUCAAAGCCCUCUUGGAAAAUCUAUCACUGUCUGUACCGAAAGAUGACGCAGGCGGAGAUGAAACCGAGAACAAGGGCAAUGACUCAGACGAUUCAGACGGCGAGCACAUGCAAAGUAAAGUGAAGGACAUCAUCGCCCAGUUCAAAGAUGAAAUAGAGCUAGAGGCUGCUCUCGGGAAUCACGACGAUGAAGCAGACUCUGAAAAACAAGAUCAAGACGAAGAUGGAGACGGAAACGAUGGGGGAGACGCAGAUCUCGCCCUCCCUUCGCUCCCUUCUAAUCUCGCGGAUCUCCCAAACUUUGCUCCUCAACGCCCGGCCAACAUGAAUGAUAUCACAGCUCGCAUGGCCGCGCUCAAAGCUCCCUCUACCGAAGACUCCUUCUCACUCCCUUCUGUUCCUAGUUCAAAGCCGUCCGCGGGCGAUAAGCCCGUCAAACGUCUUACCAGCAAAACGGAUUACACGGAUGACGACAUCGACGGCUGGUGCACCGUCUGUCUUAACGAUGCUACGCUACGAUGUAUAGGAUGUGACGGUGAUCCUUAUUGUACGCGAUGCUGGAGGGAGAUGCAUAUUGGACCGGCGGCUGCCUUUGACGACAGAAGCCAUAAGGCUGUCCAGUUCACUAAAGCGAAGAAGAAAGACAAACAACGGGUAGCGCUAGGAGCUUGA